CUAGAGCGUAAAAUGGGAAGGUCCAAUUUAUAUACCGAGACUGGUGGGAACUAAUUAUUUAUUGGUAUUAUAGGUAUUGUUAUCAUUUCUUCGUUUGUCAAUCAAUUUUUCUUUUUUAUUGGAGCACAAAAAUCCUAGAACCUAUGUUAGAUCUUCAUCCAUACCUAAUUCGUUACAUACCUAGACACUUAUUCUAAUUCGAUUCCUUUCAUAUGCAUAUCAGGGUAGAUUCGAUAAGGCUGAAAGGUUAACCCCUUUCUUCUUGUUGACGUCAUGAAGUUCGCUAAGGAACUUGACCAAGACCUCGUCCCAGAAUGGAGAGUCAAGUAUCUCAACUACAAGGCCGGUAAGAAAUACAUUAAGGGCGUGUCGAGAGCCAUCAAUAGAGCAAACGGGACACCAUUGGGUCUGGGAAAACGAGGGGACUUACCGUCGCGUGGCUUGACUACACCUUGUCCAAAUCAAUUCUCCCGUCAGCAAAAUACCGGACCUGGAAUAUUUGAUGAGACUGAAUCUCUGCGAGGAAGCCCCGCACCGAUUGGGCAUGCGAAUCGGGGAAUUAAUGAUGCUCCAAGAUCCCAACCGGCACCGAUUCCGGUGCGGGCAGAGCAUCAAUCUUUAACGGCGUCGCCGGGUAAUGACAUGCAAUAUGGUAGUUUCGUGCCCACACCGCCUUCGGUCGCUGAGAGUUGGAAUGUUUUCGAGUUGCCCGCUCCCGCGUUAGGCGAGCCUGCGAUCCCAACUGAUCAGCCACCACCAUCACGUCCCACCGAUACGCUUCGGAAGACUAUUAGUCGGCAGUCUGUGAAACGUAGUAUCUCUACGGGCGCAGUAACUUCAGGAACUGCCUCCCAACCAGCCACUCAGAGCAUCCGUCCCGCCCCUACAUUUCCGCAGAGCGCUUCGCCUGGUAAACUGCGGCGGAUAUUCUCAGCGGGGCAACAUGCCACGGGCCGGUUUACUAGAACUGACAGUAAUAAGUUCGGAUAUGGUCUCCAAGCUAUUGACACCGUUAGGCAACGGGAAAAGGACUUUUUCGAUUUCUUGGAUAGUGAAUUGGAUAAAGUUGAGGUGUUCUACCGCCAAAAAGAGGAGCAAGCUGGCAAUCGUCUGGCAGUACUGCGGGAGCAAUUGCAUGAAAUGCGGGAUCGACGCAACCAGGAACUUGCUGAAUUAAGACGACGUAAGGAACAUAGCGAGAGCGGGGAUAAUAGUGACAAUAAAGCGGUCUCGUCAGGUACGAAUGGUGCCCGCCACUGGGUCGACCCGAUUAAGUCCAGAAUAUUUAAGCCUGGCUCAAAUUCGAAAGCAUUUUCAAAGUUACAUUUCACCCCAGUCCUUGGGGCAAUUGGAGGGGAUGCGAGACGGGAUUAUAUAAGAAGACCAGCCAGCCACGAGGUACCCUACAGGACGGCAAAGCGAAAACUGAAACUGGCCCUGCAGGAAUUUUACAGGGGCCUGGAACUCCUUCAGUCAUAUGCUCAACUCAAUCGGACCGCUUUUCGGAAGCUGAACAAGAAAUACGACAAGGCCGUGAAUGCUCGACCGCCUUAUCGGUACAUGAAUGAGAAAGUCAAUAAGUCGUGGUUCGUGAAUAGUAACACUGUAGAUGGUUACAUCCAUGCCGUUGAGGACCUUUACGCCAGGUACUUUGAAAAAGGAAACCACAAAAUCGCUACGGGAAAGCUCCAUCGCCUCAAUCGACGACCAGGAGAUGAAUCGGCCAUUUCGUUCCGGAAUGGACUUUUUAUCGGUACUGGGGCCGUGUUCACCCUCCAGGGCCUUGUGUACGGCUCACAACUCUUGUUUGGCCCGGACCCGGCAGUACAACAACAGACCAGUUACCUCAUGCAGAUAUACGGCGGUUAUUUCCUGAUGUUAACCCUGAUGUUCCUGUUCUGUCUUGACUGCUACAUGUGGACGAUAAACAAGAUCAACUAUCCGUUCAUAUUCGAAUUUGAUACGAGAAAUAGCUUGGACUGGAGACAAUUGGCGAACUUCCCUAGCUUCUUCCUAUUGCUCUUUGGUGUAUUUUUCUGGAUUAAUUUCACUAGAUACGGCUCGGAUGAGUUGUAUCUUUACUAUCCAGUUAUUCUGAUAGCCAUCACGUUGAUUAUUCUCUUACUUCCAGCACCUAUCUUAUGGCAUAGAAGUCGCCAAUGGCUCAUGUAUUCCCACUAUCGAUUAUUUUUCGCAGGAUUAUACCCCGUGGAGUUUCGCGAUUUCUUUCUCGGCGACAUGUAUUGUUCUCUCACCUAUGCAACUUCUAAUAUCGAACUAUUUUUCUGCCUCUACGCACAUUAUUGGAAUAAUCCAGUUCAAUGCAACUCAAAUAAUUCCCGUUUACUCGGAUUCUUCUCAGCACUGCCACCGGUAUGGCGUGCAUUGCAGUGUAUUCGCCGAUACCGCGAUACCGGAAAUAUCUUCCCACACCUUGUCAACGGCGGUAAAUACGGUAUGACUAUUAUGUCUUCUGUAACAUUAUCGUUAUAUCGCAUGGGAGGAAACGAGACAACUCUUGGCCUCUUCAUAACUUUCUCCAUUAUGAACGGCAUUUACACAUCGGUCUGGGAUCUGUUCAUGGAUUUCUCUUUCUUCCAGCCCGAUACGCGACACAGGUUCUUACGCGACAUCCUCGGACUUAAGCGCCGGUGGUUAUACUACGCCAUUAUGUUCAUCGAUCCGAUACUUCGGUUUAGUUGGAUCUUCUACGCCAUAUUCACGCACGACAAGCAACACAGCACCAUCGUAUCCUUCCUCGUUGCCUUAGCAGAAAUUACUCGGCGUGGGAUGUGGGCUCUCUUCCGUGUCGAGAACGAACACUGCGCCAAUGUCGCUCAGUACAAAGCCAGUCGCGAUGUCCCUUUGCCGUAUCAUCUCCACCCCCACGAGCCUCUAGUCGAGCGCGCGAGCAGCGAGGAAGAGGAACAGAGACGUCCUACUACGGCUGUCGCGCCCGCUAACGUACUCCCCAUCGAAGCGGCGACAGCGAGUGCGGUCGAUAUAAGCACUGCCGGAGCCUCAGCGCUCGGUCGCGAACAAAGCGGUACGGAGACGCAAGAACAAGCCGAAGCAGCGGGUAUGCGGUGGCGUAGACGACCGGAAGUUAUACGCGCGCGAUCAAUUCGUGGUAUGAUGGCCGAUGCGCAUAAACAGGACUUCGAGAAACGACGGCCUACGACGGGGGCGGGUGGGAAUGAAUUAGCGGAAGAGGAUGUGCCCAGUGAAGAGGAAGAUGACGAUGAUGAUGACGAUGAUACGGGGAGUAUGCUUGAUGAACGGAUGGAGGUUAGACGCUCGGAGAGAUUAGUCAAGAGUGAGAGUGGAGGGGAUAGUACUUGAUUAAGGGCGCAUAGAGGGAUUUUAGGUUGGAAAAAGCGAAAAGCAUUUGGAUUAGGAGGAAUGAACGAUAUUGAGUAUCAUUUAAUGCUAAUUAAUGCUAUUAUUCACACCAA